GCGAAGAUGAAGCACAAAGGCCAGAUAGGAGAGUAACGCGAAGGACGGUAGAAUGAGGUUAUGGUCCAGGCAGCAGUACGGCGAGAGGUAUAGUAGUAAUAGAAUCAAUCAGCAGAAAGUAUGGUCGAGUGAUUUGUUCCCCAUCGACAUCAUCCGAAGCUGAGACAGAUGGAGCCUGACCGGAGUAGUUGCGGUGGGCCGUGUCGACUUCCCCUACAACGCAGGCAUUUCUUUGACUGUAUCCUGUAAGUUAUCCCAUCAGGUGUUCGUAGGCCUCUUCACUAUCGCAAUUGUUCAAGGUUACUUCGAAAUUGCGGUGUGUCACAUCAGUCGCUGCUGUGCUACCUCCCAUGGUCGUGAAGCCCAAGCCAGGAGCCGUCGACACUCCGCGAGGUGACCAUGAUACAACUUAAAGGCCGCUGCUAACCACUACCACUGGCUCGGUAGUUGAACUGAUCGCUACCGCUUUUCAGCUCGUGUGCUGUGCCAGGCCUGUCUUCCAAUGGCCACCGUCAGAAUAUGCGUCUGCGGUGACGAGGGUUGUGGUAAGUCCAGUCUGAUCACGUCGCUGGUGAAAGAUACCUUCGUCAGCAGCAGAAUCCAAGCGGUUCUUCCUCAGAUCACGAUCCCUCCUUCGCUGGGGACCCCUGAAAAUGUUACCACGACUAUCGUCGAUACCUCAGCCCUCCCGCAAGACCGCGCGAAUCUAGCACGAGAGCUGAGAAAGUCCAAUGUGAUCCUGUUGGUCUAUUCGGACCACUACAGCUAUGAAAGAGUUGCGUUGUUCUGGUUGCCAUACUUUCGGUCCUUGGGAGUUAAUCUCCCAGUCAUAUUAUGUGCCAAUAAAUCCGACCUGGUCACGAGCAGUACGCCGGCCCAGAUCAUGGAAGAAGAGAUGCUACCGGUCAUGUCGGAGUUCAAGGAAAUCGACUCUUGUAUCCGAACAAGUGCCCGCAACCACUACAAUGUCAACGAGGCCUUUUUCCUCUGCCAGAAGGCCGUCACCCAUCCGAUCGCCCCUUUGUUCGAUGCCAAAGAAUCGGUGCUAAAACCAGCUGCUGUGGCUGCCCUGCUGCGUAUUUUCUAUCUUAGCGACAAAGACAAAGAUGGCCUGUUGAGCGACAAAGAGAUGGAGGACUUCCAAAUCAAAUGCUUCGACAAGGGAUUGAGCCCCGAAGACUUGCAGCAUAUCAAAGAGAUCAUUCGAAACCACAAUCCGGAAGCAGCAUCCAGCCGGGGGAUCACGUCCCAAGGAUUCCUUCUCCUCAACAAGUUAUACGCCGAGAAAGGCCGCCACGAGACAAUUUGGGUCAUCCUCCGAACCUUCCAGUACACCGAUAGUUUGUCCCUGCAAGAAUCUUUCUUGCACCCAAGGUUCGAAGUCCCUGAAUAUGCGUCAGCCGAACUGUCGCCAGCCGGCUAUCGGUUUCUGGUUGAUCUCUUUCUGACCUCGGAUCGCGACAACGACGGUGGUCUGAAGGACGAGGAACUAGCUUCUCUGUUUGCUCCGACGCCAGGGAUUCCGCAGCUAUGGAUAGACAAUAACUUCCCAUCUUGUACGGUGCGCAACGACGCCGGGCAUGUCACACUGCAAGGAUGGCUAGCUCAAUGGUCCAUGACCACUUUCACAUCGCCCAAGACUACUUUGGAGUAUUUGGCCUAUCUGGGCUUCGAGUCUACCGAUCGGUCGAAUCCCAGCACCACGGCUGCACUGAAGCUGACGAAGCCACGCAAACGUCGAAGACGUCCAGGACGAGUGGGUAGGAACGUGAUCCUCGCACUUGUGCUCGGUGCUCCACAUUCCGGAAAGUCUGCUUUGCUUGAUGCAUUUCUCGCCCGUCCAUUCAACAAUCUGUAUCUGCCGACCAUCCAGCCACGAGUGGCAGUCAACACCGUGGAACUUCCUGGGGGCAGACAGUGCUAUCUGAUCCUGAAAGAAUUGGGAGAAUCUGAAGCUGCCGUUCUGGAGAAUAAGAGCAAAUUGCUCGAUCAAUGCGACGUAAUCAUCUAUACAUACGAUUCAUCCGACCCCGACUCAUUCGCCUACAUACCAAACAUCCGCAAAACCUAUCCACAUCUCGAAGACCUUCCGGCGCUCUAUGUCGGAUUGAAGGCUGAUCUCGACCGAACAACCCAAAGAGCCGAGUACCAGCCGGACGAAUAUGUUGCUCACAUUCAACGCAUGCCUCAAGGGCCACCGAUUUCGACAAGCGUCACCUGGCCCUCGAUACAAGAGCUCUUCGUGGCCAUUUCCGAGGCUGGGCUUGAACCAGUCACCGCCUAUCCUCGACCACUUGAAGAUGAUGCUAACGGUCAAUUGAUGAGGUAUGGGCUGGUUUUAGGCGCCGUAGUGUGUGCUGCUGCCGCUGCGGUGGUGAUAUGGAAAAGGUCAGCCAGUUCGACAGGAUGAAACUCGUAUCUCUUCGAAUGUUUACUCUACACACCCUAGCGGUCGGUGGAGUGUCUGUUAUUUUUCAAAGUGAAGGGCUUGGACAGGCCUUUUAACCACUACCAUAUAUGCCGGCAAGGGUUAGUUUCAGCCAGGGCGGAAGUGUCAAGUGUACCUAUGCAGGCGCUUUGAUCUUAUGACAUAUCGGCCCGACGCUUCCUGCGGCCUCGGAAGCCCUAUGAAAGGAGAAAGCCCAUAGUCAGUGCCGGCACGCAAGCCGCUCGAGGUGACCUUGGACGAAUAUGCAAGCAUCGAUGGCCGACUUUUAGCAGGUGACCAAGCGAUGUGGUCAUGUUGGACGCUUCAUGUGAGAAACGUGGGCAGAACAGAAUGUAGUCAGAUGCAGUCUAAAGUGGACUACUUUUAGAACCGGAGAGAAACAGACCUUUCUCGUCGACUUGUACAAUACUAACUGCCUGAUUAGCGCCUGCUUGGGGCUGCGGACAUCGGUGGUAGAUCAGGGAGACUCAAGCAGCCAAUUGGUCUCUUCAUCUGGAUGUACAAUGCAGCAGGCAGUGUGCAUCGACUAAUGAUCUUUUGAAACAUUUAUUGAAGGUUUUGAAUGGGCUUCUUAUACUGCAGCGACAAAUCAACGCUCUUCUCAGCUCACUUCUUCUCUUCCUUCUUCUCCUCUGGUUUCGGGGUGGGCAACUUGAACUCGGCCGGCUUCCUGUCUACACCAGUACCCACCUGCUCCCAAGCACUGGUACCGCCCUCAAAGUUCCGGAAAGCCUGCGUCAUCUCCAAAGGCUCCACAACAAUGCGCUUCUUCUCUUCGUCAUACCGGAUCUCCGUGUAGCCGGUCAAGGGGAAAUCCUUCCGCAGCGGGUGUCCGUCAAAUCCAUAAUCCGUCAUAAUGCGACGCAGGUCCGGGUGGCCGGUGAAGAAGACCCCAAAAA